AUGGGACGCGGGGGCGACUUUGCCGAUCUGUCCAUGUUUAAGCGUAGGAGUGUAUUCACUCGAACACAACUAGGUUCCUUGCUAUUAGAGGAUAUCCCAUUUCAGUUUUCCAUCUCUUCCCGAUGCCUUACCACCUUUAGGAAGUUAUGGAUCUGGGACAGGGUAUCUCAUCAGAGUUACAGCGUGUGCGUUUAGGGAAAGAUAGAGAAGUCAGUCUCAGACACCUGUACAAAAACAUUCCCUUGGUGGACCCCCUUGGACAGAUCUUCACUGAUCCACCGGCCUUCUUCUCUUAGGUUCAUUUUUCUCUUCGCCACUUUUAUUUGUCUCCCUUUUUCGUACCCAGCAUCCUGCGUCAAAAUCAGCCCCGAUAUAAAAUAUAUAUAAAAAGUGGAUGAAGGCCCAUUCUGCCGCUGCCGACAGUAACUGUGACAGCGUGUGCGUUACAGGUACAUUAUACUUAAUACUUUUGAAGAUGAUUAUUAAAAAAGUCUGACGAAAGAAUUGAGAUUUCAUCGUGUAAUUACUUUUCUGAUUCACUUCCAUACUUAAGUUAGUCUGUCUGUCUGUCUGUCGGUCAGGCAGUCACUCAGGCAGUCAGUCUGUCUGUCUGUCUGGAAUUAAAGAAACUUGUCUCCGUGCUGUAAUAAAGCGUGUGAUUGUUUGUUUUUCUAUCUGUCUGCGAUGUGGACUACUGUGACGUUGUUUGGGGUAAUUUAGAUCAGGCUCUUGCCACUAAAAUACAGAAAUUGCAAAAUCGUCCUGCACGCAUAACAAUCUUACGGGUUACAAUGUGCGUUCAGCGGAAAUAAGGAAACAAAUUAUCAAAACUGGACGUGAUUACAGUGGGUCUGUUUUCAAGAGCAAUCUCUAUGAUCACGAUGCGCCUUGUGCUGUGUGCUUUGUCAAGUCACGUGGUUCAAUGCUAAUGAUCCCAGCACAGAAUGACUGUCCAUCUGGAUGGACCGAGGAGUAUUAUGGGUACCUGAUGACUGCAUAUUACUAUCACGCGAACCAAAAGGAUUACCUCUGUGUUGACAAAGACCAAGAGUAUGUUCAUGACACUGAGUAA